UCUACCAACCUUAACCAUUUAAGAGUUUAGUUUGUAAGUAUCAGAAAGACUUUGGUCUAUCACUUUGUUUCUUGAGGUUUGUAAAGUAACAUUAAGAAACUAUUAUCAAUGGCUGUUUCAUCUUGUCAAUCUAUCAUGUCAAGCUCUAUGACCAACAUUUCUACCAGGUCUAGAGUUAACCAAUUCAGCAACAUCCCUUCUGUCUACAUUCCAAGUCUCAGAAGGAAUAUUAGUCUCAAAGUUCGAUCUAUGGCUGAGGGAGAACAGAAAGAGCAACCAAAGGUGCCUCUAGACCCAAUUACUCCAAUUGUACCAACACCAACACCACAACCAGCCUAUACCCGUCCACCAAAGAUGAGCACAAAGUUUUCGGAUUUGAUGGCUUUUAGUGGGCCAGCACCAGAAAGGAUCAAUGGAAGAUUGGCUAUGAUUGGUUUUGUAGCAGCAAUGGGGGUGGAGAUAGCAAGAGGGCAGGGUUUGUUUGAACAGAUAUCUGGUGGUGGAGUCUCAUGGUUCUUGGGGACAAGUGUGUUGUUGACACUUGCUUCAUUGAUUCCAUUUUUGCAAGGUGUUAGUGUUGAGUCUAAAUCUAAAAGUAUAAUGUCCUCAGAUGCAGAGUUGUGGAAUGGAAGAAUUGCUAUGUUGGGUUUGAUUGCUCUGGCUUUCACAGAGUAUGUUAAGGGAACAUCCCUUGUGUAAUAGAUAGAGUUCUUUGGAAACACAUUUUAGGUUUAUAGGAUUCGUGGUUAGCUGCUAAUCUUGAAAUUGUUAAUGUAUUUACUCACUUGAGGUACUUAUUAUGUUCAAGCAAGAGAGAGUGUAAUUGUACUCUCUUUAUACUUAAAAAGAGUUUCUCUAAUUUCUUCCACUGAAUAAAAUUCUUUCACUUUUACCCUAUGAUCUCUUAUUGUAAAUAUUGUGUUUAUAUAUCAUCUCUUAUUGUAGUUGUGUGGAA